UCUGUGGCAACGCUGCUCUUUGCUCGCCAAGAACUUCACCUGUUUAUCAUCCACGCGCAGUCACCUCUUACUUCUUUUCUCACUCUUUCCUCGCUUAUCCUUCCGAACUUCACUCCAAACCACGCAUAUCAUCACUUUCUAUACCCCAUCACUUCCGGCGCAUCCAACCAUGUCUGCGCUCAAGCCCAACCAACCCGAAUCUCUUAUGGGGCUGAGUAUGGCCGAAGCGCGGAUGAUCAUUCUGGGCGUACUGAGUUCCGAUAAAUCUGGCAAAGUCGACUUUGACAAGAUGGCCGUCAAGGGAGGCUACAAGAACGCCCAAUCCGCUAGUACUCUUUAUCACAAGGCCAAGCGUAGGCUCCUCGACAUUCAUACUAAUCCGGCCGAUCAAGAAGCUGGUGCCUCUGUCACUCCUUCGAAGGAACCCGCUUCCACCACUGCUACUCCCAAGAAGACGCCCGCGAAGCGUGGCAAGGACAAGGCUGCCGCUGAUGAUGACAACACUGGUGCUACCGAGAAUACUCCAACUCCUUCCAAGGGGAAGCGUCAGAAGACGGCAGUGACUCCGAAGACCCCUCGCUCUGCCACGAAGGCUACGAAGACGGAGGCUUUCAAACCUGGAGAUGCCACUACUCCCACUCCGGCCAAAGGCAAAGUUGCCGUGAAGAAGGAAGAACCCGAUACGGAGCUCGAAACCACUCCCGUCAAGGAGGAGUCGAAGUCUGACGACGAGGAACUCAUGAGUACCAGCCAGAUAAGUGCGGAGUUCUCUGCCAUGGAGCAGCACCCCGAGACUCCCAAGUGAAUGGGUUGACUUGAUGAGCCUGAUAGCGUGGUUUGCCCUUGUCACGCCGAGAACUUGCUGGAAAAUGCUACGGCAUUUCUAUUACGGGAUAAUCGUGAGAUGAAUGGAAGCAGAGUUUAUUGAAUGUUUUCUUUGGUCUGAUCCGGUUUGCAUGACGUGUUGCCUAUCACUGCUAGUGAUUACGGAGAUAUGGCAGUUCAGUUGCUUUCUAGUUAAUGAAGUCAAUAUUGAAUUAAACCCAACUCUGCUUCAAAUUGAAAGUAACAUGUUUCAUAUGAGCAUCAGCAGCAGAG